CUGUGCCCUACUUGGAUGACAUAAGUUUCAGAACGCGACGCGACACGGUCUUUGCAUCCUUAAUAAUAACUGUUGACUUCAGCCAAUCCUCCACGUGCUAGCAAGUAUUACUCCUUGAUGUCGCAAUCAGAACCCUCCUUCUUCGAACGCGAGCGCGACAGACUGUCCUCAGAUAUCACAGCAGGUUUCGAAGACCUUCUCUCAACUAGCAACGUACUCAAUCGCAAGCUCGAAGAGGUGCUAGGCAUGACUCGUGAAUACGAAACCAUCGCCUCCCUCUGGCAAAGUUUCCACGAUCUGAUGCGUGGACAACGAGACGAAGUGCGCGAGGACAGAACGAACGUGCCCGGAACAGGCGCGCAUGUCGUGUCUACAAACUCCAAACGCUAGCACUGACCGUCUCAAGAGAGCGAAAGUGAAAUUGUUCGACGGUACAGGUGAGAAGAACAAAAAA